AUGGGAGCAUUCAAGUUUGGAGUUUUGAUGAAUUCAUUCCUGCAUAUUCGGACAUUUUCCAUUGAUGUGACCCUGCAGUUCCGUCCUAUCAUGACUUUCUCCGUCGAUUCGAAAUUGAUUGCUUAUUCUGAUAAGAACAGUUUAGAAGUCCAGAAUAUCACAAAUGACCGACACCUACAAAUUCGGGUCAAAGAUGAUGAUGAUAAUUAUGACAAUGCUAAUGGCCUGAGCCUCGACUACAUCAGUCGGAUCACUUUCUCGUCUAAUUCUACCCUGAUCGCCAGCCAUUCGAAACUUUUUGAUUGCAUUGAAGUAUGGGAUGCCACAAGUGGUCAGUGCCUGCAUUAUCUUAAUACCCGUCUUCACUUCAGGGACAUCAGUUUCGACGACACCUGCUCGUACCUCGAGACAGAUCUGGGGACCGCUUGCCUGCCUGCCGUAUCAGACGGCCGCAAAAAGCAGAAGGUGCCAGAAAUCAAAGGAUACAACAUCAGUGAAGAUUCCAAAUGGAUCACACGGGAUUCGGAGAAGGUCAUAUGGUUGCCGGUGGAUUACCAACCGGUUACAGGUGGCUUUGCAGUAUCGGGAUCGAAGAUCUGCAUUAGCUGUGCGUCAAACGAGGUAGUCAUUUUGAACUUGGAUCCUGCUGGCCCAUUUGGUCCUCAAAACUUGGAAGUUCGCGCUUCCUUGAAACGCCGUCACAGUGGAAAUUCCCCUGACGAGGCGGCGAAACGCCCGAUGGGAGGACCUUCGAUGAAGAAUCAACCAACCUGA